UCAACCUUUAUUUCUUUUAUAAUUUUUAGAACAAUGAAAACAUUUUAAGACAGAAAUGUGGGUUUAUUAAGUUGAUUGCUUUAUACUUCCGUAAAGGUUAUUUUCGAGAGGUAUCUUUAAUCUAACAGCUCCUGCGUAUCUUUAAAGUGCGGUUCAGAUCGAGCUUUUAUUCUGAAGGCCAACAUCAUCCGACGAACAGCGGAAGUAGUUGUCUCCUAGCAGCAGAAGCUAGGCGAACGAAUCUUGUUUCCUUUUCCAGUGUAAAAUGUAACUUCAUUCGUUUUUACGAGAAUAUUUAAAUGUAUCCUUAAAGCCGAGGUGAUUUUACAUCAACUGUGAAGUUUUAUAUAUUUUUUUGUUUUAUCUGAAUUUCCUACCGGUAGUUUUAGCUUAGCUUGUUAGCUGGAAGCAGAUAGGAAAACAGCGAGUCAGAGGAAGUUUGAUGGAGAACAGACUGAUUGUUAUGAUUAUGGAGAGAAACGUUUCUGUUGUGUUUUUAUAAAAUAAAAAAACAUCUCAGAAGACAACUGACAGAGAUGGAGGAAGCAGUUUAUGACGUCCAGGAUCUGAUGGUGAUCAAAGAGGAGAAGAACUGGAGUCCCAGACCAGACCAGGAGGACCAGAAGUCUCCACAGAUUAAAGAGGAACAGGAGGAGGAUGACAUCACUGAGUUUAUAUUCAAUCCUGUGAAGAGUGAAGAUGAUGAAGAGAAACCUCAAGUUCACCUUCCAGAGCUUCAUCAUAACCAAACUGAGGAAAGCGAAGACUUUGUUGGACCAGAACCAGAUCAACAUUUAGAAUCAGAUGUUGAAGAUAAAACUUCUGAUUCUUCUUCAGAGUCCUCAGAGACGGAUGUCAGUGAUGGAAACUGGGAGGAAAGCAGUGAAGCUCAGUAUGGUUUGGGGUCUGGAACCAAUAACACAGAUUCAGUUUGUGAGAGAGAUAAAAAGUUACAUCGCUGCUCUGAGUGCAGUAAAACGUUCAGUCGCAGACGAUAUUUGUUAGAACACAAAAGAAUCCACACUGGAGAAAAACCCUACAGCUGCUCUAUCUGUGACAAAACCUUUACAUGGAAACAAUCUUUGACUCUACACAUGAGGACACACAGUGAAGAAAAACCUUUCAGCUGCUUUGUUUGUACCAAAGCUUUUACUUCCAAAGCUAAUUUAAAAGAACAUACAAAAGUCCACACUCAGCAUAGACCUUGCAGAUGUCCUAUUUGUAACGCAGCUUUUAAAAGGAAGAACAAUUUAAUCGAACAUAUAAGAAUCCACACUGGAGAGAAGCCUUACAGCUGUCCUGUCUGUAGCAAAGCUUUUACUUCUAAGGGAAAUUUACAAAAGCACACAAAAAUACAUGCAGAAGAAAGACCUUACAUAUGUUCCGUGUGUAAUGCAGGUUUUAAGAGUAAAAACACUUUAGUAGAACACACAAGAACGCACACUGGGGAGAAGCCUUUCAGUUGCUCGGUCUGCGGCCGAAGCUUUAGUUGUAGGUCACAUCUAACUUUUCACAUUAGAGGUCAUACAGAAGAAAAACCUUACAGCUGCUCGGUCUGUAAGGCGGCUUUCAAAAGGAAACGCACUUUAGUGGAACACACAAGAACCCACACUGGAGAGAAACCUUACACCUGCUCAGUGUGUGGUAAGAGCUUCGCUCACUGUUUAAGUCUAACAUGUCACAUGAGACGUCACACAGGAGAAAAACCGUACAGCUGCUCCGUCUGUAAGGCAUCAUACAUGUGGAAAAGUGCGUUUGUAAAACACACAAAAACACACACAGGUGAGCAACCUCUCAGCUCCACAGACUGUGGUUGAAGUGGAGUGAAGCAGUGGGACAGACAAACUCCUCUAACAAAAUGUUAUAAACUGAUUCAGUGGACUGGAUGGAAGUGAUUCAAAGUUAAUCUCUCAUGAAUCCACCUGAUUCUUUGCUGCUUCUGGAAAAUUAUGUCCUGGAAAGAAUGAAGAUUCUUGAUGUAGUGAAUCAUUGACAACUGAGCAAUUUUUUAAAAAAUGCUAAAUUUAAGUGUCUUUGUAUUUGUUUAUUUAUGUGUAAAAAUUAUGAGAAAUGGGGAAAAGUUGUGAAGUAUGCAUUAGCAAAGCAAAAUAUUUUAUUUAAAAAAAUAACAGCAAUCUCAUUUCAUGUUACUUUGUGAAGUGAAAGAAAAGAGGGGGAAAAGCUGCAACUGCACUGGAGCAAGAAAAGCAAUUUAUAAACUCAGCCUUGCAUUGGGACUCGUUGAAGUAUAUUUUAAAUUUAAUCUAUUAAAAGAAAAAUUCAUUAUGAUUUUUUUACAAGUUCUUGUUUUCUGUUUUUAUUCAUUUAAACGUAAUGCUAACACAUUGCUUCUAAAGUCAAACUCUAAUUAUAGUGUUCAUGUGUAAAAUUUAACAGUUCCAUCAGCUACACAAAUCAUUAUAACAAAUGUUUCAUUACUAAACUAUUGGAAAAUGUAUUUAAGAGAAAUCUCUGCAUGAUCAAUUAUUCACCCUCUUGGCCUCAAGAUGGCGCUGUGACAUCAUCAUAUGUCUCCACACUAUCAUCAUUUUUUUUGUUUGGGAUUCCUCCUUAUAUAAACAUUUUAGUUUUUCAAAUAAAGCUAACUUUAGUUUCAGGCUAUUUAAGAAAGUUGUGGACAUUUUGUACAUGGUGCCUUUACUAUUUAGGUUUUUAAAUAUAUUGAAAAGAAAUCCAAUAAUGUUUGUUCAA